AUGACUAUAAGCGAAGCCGAUCUAUCACCACAAGUUAAUCUUCUGCCAAUAAAGAGGCCUUCGAGCGAAGGGGUGGAGGACAGUGCAACAAUUUUAAAAAAGUGUACGAUAGAUGAUGAAAAGCGUAAAGACAGUGACCCUGAUUUUAGUUCCCUUCAAAGGAGGUUACUGCAACAAUUAAAUGGUACGCUUCCCACGGACGAAAAGAUAAUCUUCACGUAUUUACAAGACUGUCAACAAGAGAUCGAUAGAAUCAUUAAACAAUCCGUCAUUCAGAAGGAGAGUCAUUCAGUAAUCCUCGUGGGGCCCAGACAAAGCUAUAAAACAUACCUAUUGGACUAUGAACUGUCUUUAUUGCAGCAAUCUUAUAAUGAGCAGUUUAUAACUAUCAGGUUAAAUGGGUUUAUUCACUCGGAACAAACAGCUAUUAACGGCAUAGCGACUCAAUUGGAACAGCAGUUGCAAAAAAUACAUGGGAGUGAAGAAAAAAUUGAUGAUACUUCAUUGGAGGCCAUUAGCAGUGGUUCUUUGACAGAAGUGUUUGAAAAAAUCCUUUUACUCUUAGAUUCCACCACAAAGACAAGAAAUGAAGAUGGCGGUGAGCUUGAUAGAGGUAGUAUAACAAAGAUAACAGUUGUUUUCAUAUUCGAUGAAAUCGAUGCUUUUGCUGGGCCGGUGAGGCAGACUUUAUUGUACAAUCUUUUUGACAUGGUAGAACAUGCUCGAGUGCCUGUUUGCAUUUUUGGCUGUACAACGAAAUUGAAUAUCUUGGAAUAUUUGGAAAAAAGGGUGAAGAGUAGAUUUUCUCAAAGAGUGAUUCACAUGCCGCAGAUACAGAAUCUGGACAGUAUGAUUGAUGCCGUCAGAAAUUUACUUACAGUUCGCUCUGAAGUCUCCCCCUGGGCUUCGCAAUGGAAUGAUACGUUGGAAAAGGAAUUAUCAGACCCUCGAUCAAAUCUGAAUAGACAUAUUAGGAUGAAUUUCGAAACUUUUAGAGCAUUACCUACCUUGAAAAAUAGCAUAAUUCCACUAGUGGCAACAUCUAAAAAUUUCGGUUCACUUUGUAGCGCCAUAAAGUCGUGUUCUUUUUUUGACAUAUACAAUAAGAACCAAUUAUCUAACAAUUUAACGGGAAGAUUGCAAUCGUUAUCCGAUUUAGAAUUAGCCAUUUUGAUCUCAGCCGCCAGGGUUGCCUUAAAGGCGAAAGACGGAUCCUUUAAUUUUAAUUUGGCUUAUGCAGAAUAUGAGAAGAUGAUCAAAGCCAUAAAUUCCAGAAUUCCCACAGUGGCUCCUACUACAAAUUUAGGAACAGGUCAAAGUACUUUUUCUAUUGAUAAUACUAUCAAGUUAUGGUUGAAAAAAGAUGUUAAGAAUGUUUGGGAAAAUUUAGUACAGCUAGACUUUUUUACCGAGAAAUCCGCUGUUGGUAUAAGAGAUAAUGCAACUGCAGCAUUUUACGCUAGCAAUUAUCAAUUCCAGGGUACCAUGAUCCCGUUUGACUUAAGAAGCUACCAAAUGCAAAUCAUUCUCCAGGAACUAAGAAGAAUUAUACCCACAUCUAAUAUGUACUACUCCUGGACGCAACUGUGA